AUGUUCAUGACGAGGCGGAGAGGAUAUCGUAUAUACGGACCACAGCGCAGACACUAUAAGUCGAUCCUCGACGACCCAUCGGCCGACUACUCCUCGCAAGAACCCCUGACGUACGAUUCUGAGAACGAGGACGAUGCGCGAGAUCCAGUAGCCGCCGCAAGACACCUGCCCAAGCAGCGGAACUGCUGCGGCGUGGUCGUCCAGACGCCCAACACCUCGCGUUUCAAGAACACCAUCCAGAGCCGGAUACUGCAGCGCUUUCCGUUCCUCGUAGAGAUGCUCUACUGGGUCAUCAACUAUGCAUUCUACCGCAUGACGUCAAUCGCAUCGCAGCGGAUAUUUGCAAAAACUGGCAUAUGGAAUGUGGCGCAGGCGCAUGGCAUUGCAGUGCUUGAGACAGAGCAGGAAGGCUGGCUAAGCUUCCUCUUCCCGAUUCAGGAGCGUACUGUUCAGUAUUGGUUUAUGCAUGGGCAUCAAGACGCGUUGACAGUGCUGAACAAGGCGUACGCGCUUAUCCAUAUUCCUGGUACUGUAGGGCAAGUCGCGUUGGCCCUUCAAGCAGCCCCUGAUGGUGAUUACUGA